UGCAACUUUGAGAAGUUCUGGCCUUUCUCAGUAUUUCAGAGGUUUCCCAGGGCUCUUGCCUGCAUGGCCCUGUGGUUGCCCGGCAGAUCUUUGUCCCAAAAGCCAGUCGGCAUGGUGGUGACAUAAACCCAUUUGCCAGAGCCGGGGAUUCAGUUGCAGCUGUGGCAAGACAUGGUCUGGGAGGUCUACCACAAAGAAGGUGACAGCUAGCCCAACCCCAGAAAUCCCAACCCUGUUUUCUCCCUCCCAGUCCCACGUGUGUAUCCGGGCUGAGCUGAGCCUCUUCCACCAGGACCUCAGGAGUGAACUCAUCAAUCUAGCGGGUGGCACGGCCAGGAUCUUGACGUGGGCUCUCCAGCAGCACAUCCUGUGCUCUGGGUAAAGCUCUGAGGGGACAGGGCCCCCUCCUGGGCACUGGGUCUGUUUACAGAGCCAGGGAUGGGGAACUGGGGGACAGCAUGGGCCUUGGGCCCCCUCCAACGUCUGGGCAGCCCUGGCUUCUCACUGAGCCCUGCCACCUGUCUUUGGCACCUCUCCCCAAGCCCCUCAACUGUGUCCUUACCCACAAAAGUGGUCUCUGAUAGCCACUUGCUCCAGUGGGACCCCACCCCCUAUGGCUAUGGCUUCCAAAAUAGGGUUGGCCCCCUAAUCCUGACCUAGCCGUGGCAAUCAAGCUCCUUCCUGGGGACUUUGGAAUUGAUGGGGCCAUGCCCAGUUGUGCUGGGAACAUACACUGUCCCCAGGCUGGACUCUGGUCCGGGAGGCAGUUCUGUUCUGCCUGCGCCUGGAAGCGCAAGGAACUUGACUGCAGAGAGGAUGUGAAAGCAGACGGAGAAGUGAGGAGCACAGAGAGGAGGCUGCCCAUCUCCAGGGCUUUUUCUGUUCCCCAUCCCUGGCCUUCUAAGCCCAGUGAGUCCUCUCCCCUGCUUUCCUGUUCCUGAGUUCUGUGAAAUACCCCUGUAUUUGCAUAAACAUUCCUAUUUUUACCUCAAACCAGCUCAAGUUGGUCUCUUGUCCUUGCAACCAAAGAGAGGUGCCCCUACUGACUAAAGGUAUAGAUUCUGCAGCCAGAUUGCUGGGCUGGAAUCCUGCAUCUGCCGUUUUCUAGCUGUGCUCUUGGGCGAGCCACUCUUGCCUCCGUUUCUUCAUCCAUGAAGCGGGGAUGAGACUAGUGUUGCACAUGGAGCACGGUUGCGAAGGGUCGAGUUAGAGCAGGCAAAGCAUUAGAACAGUGCCUGGUAACAUAGUAAGUGCUCCAGACGGGAGACCAUAUAUUUCUUGGUCUUCUGGACACAUGUGCGAGUGAAAGGGACACCAUCGAGAGUUACCCUGGAACUACAGGUGUGUACUGGAAGGCCCCAGGUAAGCCAGGCCAUGUGGUCACGCUACCUGUCAGUUAAAAACGAACAAACAGAAACCCUGUGCAGGUCCCUUCCUCUGUGUUUUGUUCUUCAGGCGGUCCUGGAGUGUGUGUCAGGCAGCGGCGGCCCUUUCUCUCAGAGACAAACUGCACUCCAGCAAACCGGUCCCAGGUGGGGGGUAGAGGGGGAGGCCCAGGCAGGGGUGGGCACAUCUGCCCACACAGCUGAUGCGGAGCCAGAAAGAUGAUUCCGGCUGCCAGAGAAAAGGUCAGGGUUGCAUUUUCUUUCUUCCUUCCUGAUGGAUAGUCCGUUUUUUGAAAUGUGGACUCCCCAAGGCCAAUGGGACUGGUGCCAUUCCAGAAAUGUGUCACGCUGUGGGCGGGACGGUGGGAAGGGACCUGAGGGUGGGUGUCGAGGGAGGCCCCCCAAAUAGCCUGAGCAGCAGGAUGGACGACAGGGGCUCCGGAGGUAUAAGCGCGUGUCGGGGCCUCGUGUGGUGUCUGGCCAUGCUGCUCCUCGGGCUGCUGCUGCUGCCCCUGCUGGCCGGUGCCUGCCUGCUGUGGGGCCAGUGGAAGCGCAGGAGCCUCCACCUCCCGCCUCUUGCCCCGGGCUUCCUGCACCUGCUGCGGCCCAACCUCCCCAUCUAUCUGCUCAGCCUGACCCAGAAAUUCGGGCCUAUCUACAGGCUGCGCCUCGGGCUGCAAGAAGUGGUGGUGCUGAACUCCAAGAGGACCAUUGAGGAAGCCAUGGUCAGAAAGUGGGUGGACUUUGCUGGCAGACCCCAGAUGCUGUCCUACAAGCUGGCGUCUCAGGGCUACCCGGACCUGUCCCUAGGGGACUACUCCCUGCUCUGGAAGGCCCACAAGAAACUCACCCGCUCAGCCCUGUUGCUGGGCAUUCGCGACUCCAUGGAGCCCGUGGUGGAGCGGCUGACCGAGGAGUUCUUCGAGCGCCUGAGAGCACAGGCUGGCACCCCUGUGGCCAUCCACAAGGAAUUCUCUUUCCUCACCUGCAGCAUCAUCUGUUACCUCAUCUUCGGAGACAAGAUCAAGGAGGACAACUUGUUACAUACCUUUCAUGGCUGUGUUCAGGAGGUGAUGACAGCCUGGGACCACUGGGCCACCCAAAUUGUGAACCUAAUUCCCAUUCUCAGGUUCUUCCCUAAUCCAAGUCUUCAGAGGCUGAAGCAGGCCAUGAAGAAGAGGGACCACUUCGUAGAGAAGCAGCUGAGGUGGCACAAGGAGAGCCUGGUGGCAGGCCAGUGGAGGGACAUGAUAGACUACAUGCUCCAAGAGGUGGCACUACCCAGAGUGGAAGAGAGCCCUGGACAGCUCCUUGAAGGGCACGUGCACACGUCUGUGGUGGACCUUCUCAUAGGUGGCACUGAGACCACGGCGACCACCCUCUCCUGGGCCGUGGCUUUCUUGCUUCACCACCCUGAGAUUCAGCGGCGACUGCAGGAGGAGCUAGACCUCGAAGUGGGCUCCAAAGCCUCUGGCUCCUGGGUCUCCUACAAGGACCGCGAGCGGCUGCUCUUGCUCAACGCCACCAUUGCCGAGGUGCUGCGCCUGCGGCCCGUUGUGCCCUUGGCCUUGCCCCACCGCACCACGCAGCCCAGCAGCAUCUUCGGCUAUGACAUCCCUGAGGGCACAGUUGUCAUCCCCAACCUCCAAGGCGCCCACCUCGACGAUGCAGUCUGGGAGCGGGCACACGAGUUCUGGCCGGACCGCUUCCUGCAGCCGGGCAAGAGCCCCAGAACACUGGUAUUCGGGUGCGGGGCCCGCCUGUGCCUGGGAGAGCCGCUGGCGCGCCUGGAGCUCUUUGUGGUGCUGGCCCGACUGCUGCAGGCCUUCACGCUGCUGCCGCCUGAGGGCGCCCUGCCCUCCCUGCAGCCCCAGCCCCACUUCAGCACCAACCUGGAGAUUCCGCCUUUUCAGGUGCGGCUGCAGCCCCGGGGGAUGGGCAGCCCCAACUUGGGCAAGUGCCAGUGACCAGGCAGGACGAGUGCC